AUGAAUCACAUCUUACGACCCCUGCUGGACGAGUGCGUGGUGGUGUACCUGGACGACAUUCUCAUCUACUCCAAGAACAUGAAGGAGCACGUGGAGCAUCUACGGAAGGUGUUCGAGAUCCUGCGGAAAAACAAGCUCUACGUGAAGCUGUCGAAGAGCGACUUCGCCCUGAAGAAGGUGCAGUUUCUCGGGCACAUGGUGAGUGCCGAGGGCGUACACGUGGACCCGCGGAAGAUCGAAGCCGUCAAGAAGUGGAAAGUACCGGAGAACGUGAAGGAGUUGCAGCAGUUCCUAGGCUUCGCCAACUACUACAACAGGUUCGUGCCGCAGUACGCUAAGAUAGCAGCGCCACUGACCGACCUACUGAAAAAGGAUACACCCUACAAGUGGGAUACUCCUCAUCAGCAAGCCAUGGAGCAGCUACAGACAGCACUGACUACAGCGCCAGUACUCAUCCUACCCGAUCCAGACAAGGACUACGUGGUGGAAGUAGACGCUAGUGACCAAGCAGUCGGAGCAGGCUACACAACAAGGCAGACGCAUUGA